UUCUCAGUCCGCGUGCCCGUGCUCACAUUCACGCGCAUGCUCACAGUAGCGGCUGUAGUAUCAACGGGGCCUUCACAAAACACACAACAACUCAGCAAACAUGUCCGCUCCGGGUGCAGAUGGAUCUGGUCCUGCAGGGAUGUCUGGGAAUAACCGCAAACUGCAGCAGACACAGGCACAGGUGGAUGAGGUGGUGGACAUCAUGAGAGUGAACGUCGAUAAGGUCCUGGAACGAGACCAGAAGCUGUCUGAGCUGGAUGAUCGUGCCGAUGCCCUGCAGGCCGGUGCUUCCCAGUUUGAGACCAACGCUGCCAAACUCAAGAGGAAGUACUGGUGGAAGAACUGCAAGAUGUGGGCCAUUUUGAUAGCCGUGGUUCUUGUCAUUAUUGUCAUCAUUAUCAUCUGGACACAGUCAUAAAGACAGAAAUCUGGUUAUAAUCGGAAGAAAAGAACAGGAUAUGAAGUCUUAUCUAUCGACUUCAAAAGGAAGAGAUAUAACGAACGAACGCUCUUCCAUUACGUUCUAACCUGCUGAUUUUCAAAAGCAUAUCUUGUAAACUAUCCUCAAUGGUUUUUUUUUUUUUUUUCUUAGUUUUUGUUUUUAAUAACAAGGAUUUGAAUGUUACAGAAUGCCAUUUCCAUGCACAUCUAACACUCCUCUGUGCAAACCACAGAACAGUGACUGACCGUGUAAAGGUUACAAAAUGAUCCAAAACCACCCUUUCAUGAUACUAUGAGAGUCAUUUUGCUAUCAUUUAGAGGCCAAGACAUAUUGACCAAAGAUCUUGUGAAAGCCAUUUGCCAAGAUCUCAUUGAUGAAUCCCUCAUGGACUCUUUCAGUGGACGGCAGUAAUCAGACACUCUUGUUUUCACUGCGUCAGAGUCUUUCUGUGCCAACAAGACAUAAGAGCCUUUCCUGAACAACCACAGACGUGCCUUUAAACAGCUCCACUGCCGUCCCGUAACAACAGCACACAACGCUACUCUGAUUUUACUCAGAAUAUCUACAUAAAAAUGGUGUAUGUAAGUUUGAUAUCUUAUUGAAAGAUUGUAUUUUGAAGUGAUAAUUCACUAAUAAUUUAACUGCAUUAUAUACGUUGCCUUAAGUAGAAAUAGUUUGUUACGAAAUAUCUUUGCUUUAUGAUAUUUCAGUAGUAUUGAAUUUUGGUUUUUUAUUCACUUCUCACUCACGGUGCCAAAACAUUUAAUUUUUGUUUAUCUGAGCUUUUUUUUUUGUAUGUAUCUUUGUAUAUCUCACAUGUGUAUAAAUUGUAAACAAGUGCAAUUCUAUAGUGUGGCCUUACACACUGUUGAACCUGUUGAAUUGCCUGUGAUGGCUUAAUAAAACACAGAUUUAACAUCCUUUA